AUGUCGAAGAACAUCUGCCUUGAGAAUGCGAUAAGCAUUGUUCGCAACAUGGAUAUGUAUUGCACGAGAUUUGGCAUGCAGUCUGUGAUAGUCUUUACUCCCCAUCCCGCCAGUGUGGCCUUGACUGCUCUCUUGACGAACUUGGCCGAGUUUGAAAAUUCGACCAAGACGACGACAAUCCUCCAGCAGGUUCACACGCUGUCGAAAAUCCUCCAGAAGAUGGCCGAAAGCUAUCAGACAGCUCAGAGCAUGUGCACAGUCCUGGAUCAUAUUUUACCCCCAGACCAGGAUCGACGCUCCCAACGGAGCUGA